AUGGCUGCUCAAUUCGCUUAUUCUCGUGGAUUUGUAGAUGAAAAAUUGUGGAAUGAUUUUAAGACAAAUUGUUGUAAAGGGUGUGUUGAUCCUUCCAAUUGUGAUAUUAAUUUUUUAAGUGGGGAAUGUAGAUAUAAGACUGUUGGGAUUGUAGAUGUUCUUAUGUCUCGACGAGUUUAUCCAUUCGAUAUUUAUAGAGAUUGUCCAGUAGCUCAAGAAAAUCUACAACCAGGAGAACCGUGUCUUUACAGUAAGGCUUUUAAUUAA